UAAUGUCGCUGAUAAGGAAGUUUCAGAAAUUUCUUCGCUGAAUGCUGAAAUCUUUCGAUUCAGUUUCUCCCAUUUUCCAUACUUAUUUUGGUGUUCAAGUUUCGAGAUUGUACCAGUUCAUUGUGCUCACUUCUCAGUUAUCAUACUCUUCGUGGUUCAAGAAACGUGUGAUUAUCCUGCCCUGAAGUUUUUUUACGAUAGAAAACUGAAAACCUCUUGUCUUCAAUAGUCUUGAUUUAAAAAAACGGCACCUUUUAUAAAUUUAAUGCAUUACAAAAUUACUUGUUUGUGUUCCCUUUUAGAAUAUCUUCUUACAGACUCGAAUCAUUGUGUUGCCUGACACGUCAGGAAGUAAUGGGUUCUGGGUAUCAUUGGCUAGAUUGUAGUGAUGUCGUUAAUAUCACCAAGAGCAAACAUGCGCUGGAAGGAGUGGAUACCUCUGAUUACACAACAGCAACGAUUACGAAACCUGAUCCAGGUCAUCGCAUAUAAUAUCAACCAAGACAUAAGUGCAGAGGAAAAACGGAAAAAGGGGAAGCGCUAUUAUUACACGCUACACCUUACCACAAUGUCAUCCCCGUUUUACACCAGUGAGAAAUUGACUAGUGAGAACCCAAAAUGGUCAGAAUUUGAAAUAACAAAUCCCGCUCAUGGAACUGCCACAGGUAUCGUGAUUCGUGUAUGGCAAAACUACAACAAUGAAGAUACAGAGGUCACUGUCUGGGGAGUAUGUUUUAGCGGCCUUGUUUACAUAGGAUCUCAACUAUCUCGCAACAAUCCAGCAGUAUUUUCCACCAAUACAAUCGUGUUUUACAUGCAUGGUGGUUACUUCACAGACCCUCAAUGCUUCAAAGGCAAAUCGCCUUUGGUCGUGCGGCUAACCUCAGUUAAUUUGCCCACCAAGGAUGUUAAAACAAGCUGUACUGUUUCAUUAAUGUCCAAAAUCCAUGAAGUUCAGCAAGAGAUAAAGAAACAAACUGAAGUUGCUGAAAAUUUACGCAAACAAAUCCUGAUGGGUGGGCCGCAGCUUUCAGGAACAGAAGUGCGGGAACCUAGUAGAACUUUACGAAAAUUACUUAAUCAGUCAGAACCUCAAAGGCCUCAGCAGCAUGAAAUACUCGCUGUCAAGAAGGAUAUUGAGCUGGUCAAGUUUCGGGUUCAACUGUUAAGUCAGGAGAAGUCUAGGAAGUUGGCCGAACUCCGACGAUUAUCGCAAAGGAAAAAUACUCUGUAUGAGUCAAAUCAAGAUAAAGGCUGUGAAUUGAUGGAAAAGUAUAGAGAAUUAAAACGUGAUAUUGAGUGCACACGGCAGUGGCAUAAACAGUGUGUUGAAACGCAAGAUGCGCUUGCUCAAGCAUCAUCGCAACUUUCUUUUCGCAGAAAAAGGCUCAUCAAUGAGCUAAGUUACAUCUACCCAAUAACAGAGAUGUCAGAGGGAAAAUAUGCCAUUUGUGGGAUCCACCUUCCUAACUCGGAGGAUUUUGGUGGACAUGAUGAAACACAAAUUGCUGCUGCCUUAGGUUAUGUUGCUCACCUAGUCCAAAUGAUAGCUUACUUUCUACAUGUUCCUCCUCGAUAUCCCAUCAUCCAUUUUGGUUCAAGAAGUAAAAUCAUGGAUCAUAUUAAUGCCAGUAUGCCUGAUAAAGAUAGACAGUUUCCGCUAUUUUCUCGAGGCAAAGAUAAACUUCAGUUCAACUAUGGGGUUUAUUUAUUGAACAAGAAUAUAGCCCAGUUACGAUGGUACUGUGGCAUCUCUACCAAUGAUCUUCGAACAACCUUGCCAAACUUAGCAUCACUUUUACAAGCCAAACUUGGAAGCUUUGUUCCCUCAUUUGACUUACACAAGCGCUCGUUUUCCCGACCACCAACAGAAGUCUCCUCAUCCUUCAGUCCAAAUCGUCAAAUUUCACCACAGUUUAGUUUGAAUACAGGCUCAUCUCUGAGCUACUCUCUAGAUAAAGGCCUGGACAGAUGGGAAGGAAGUGGCAGUUUAAGUUAUAUCAGUUCAUCUUUCCAGUCCUCGUCGUAUGAAGACUCAAUUCGAAACACAGUACCACAAAUGUUUUUACAAUGGCAAGGAGAGCAAGUCCAGUCAAACAACGGAACUGAUCAGCACUCAAGUUUACCAUUGAUUCGGAAUGAAGUUGACCCCUCUGAAUCCAAUCUUAGAGUCAGUUUUCCCAGCGUAUCAAAUUUGUAUCGGAGUUUACCAACAGUGCCCCAUGAGGGCACCAUUGAUGUGACUUCACAAAAUAGAGACUCUAAUUUAAGUUCAAGUGUGAAAAAUAGUGAUACUUCUUCAGAAAGAGCUGAAGUCCCUGUAGACGAAAUUUCAAAUUCUAGUACUCAUUUGAAGAAUUCAGAAGAUGCCUUGAAAAUUUCUGAAGAACCAAAAUGUGGUGAGUCUGAAGUAUUAAGCGAAACAAAAAUUAGCAAUGGCAGUGAAAUUUUUGAAUCCUCUGUUUCUAAAAACUUAGAGGAGGUAACCAAUUUAAGCCUGGUGACGUCAGAGGAUCUAAUUAAAGCAAGCAAUAAUGAAAGUAUUGAAAAUCCUUUGAAGUUCAUUAAUAAGAUACAAGAAGUGAAUUGUAGCAGCGUAUGUAAUGAUUCAGAAACAAGGGCGGAAAGUCCAAUAGAGAUAGCAGAAAUUGCAGAUUGCUCAUUGCAAGAAAAUCCAUCCUUGGAAACAACACACGCAAAUCACUUAUCAACGAGAUGUGGAGAGUCUUAGCUUUCAAUUUCUUUAACUGCUGAUUCUAUUUCUUCAAGACUCUCCACUUCGAAUUCAUAAGACUUGAGGUGUUCAAUUUCUAAAGUCUGUGAGGUAUUAUUUUUUUUUAUGCUUGAAUAACUGAUAUUAAUCAAAUAAAUAUCAUGAUAGAAUGGGGAAAGGACUGCCUUCAAAGAAAUGAGUUGCUGCAAGCAAACCUGUCUCCCCUCCCCCCAGGAAAUGUUAGCCUCAGUCUUCAGUGUUGCAAAUUUCCCAUUAUUUGCAAUUUUUUAAAUGGAAACUAAUCCAUGUACCAUAUAAUAUUUAAGCUGCUAUUCAGUGCUUUGAGGCGUUCUGCGACUCCCAAUUGCCUUCGAAACCUAUCCUCCCACCAAUCCAUGUCAUUUUUUGAUUGACCUCCUCUUUUAUUUUUUCUAAUUUUUUUUUCUUUUAUUUUUUUGUGUGGCAUAAGCUCUGUGAGUGGUUUGUGACAUCUUGGAAAAUUUUUGAUUAUGUUUUUGAAUUUUCAAGAUCCCUAAAAUCCUGUAAUUUUUGGAAAUCGCUCAAGUAUUCUUGAAAGUUUUACUGAUAAAGUUAUUCCCCAAAGAUUAUUAUCAAUGUAAUUUGAACUUAUCUCAAAAAUUCAUAGAACCAAUAAGUCUGUCCACCAAAAGGUGUUCUAUCCCCUUGAGUAUUUCAGUCAAACUGCACAUCAAAAUUUUUUGAUGAUGGAAUCAAAGGAAUGCAACUUACAAAAUACUUCAGACUCACAGAGAGUUAUCCCUUUUGAAUGAACAAGUCAUCACCCUCCACUAAUUCUGUCCCAAAGCGAAAGCAGUAUUUUUAACUCAAUAGUGCAAUGAUAUUAAUACUUCUUAUUUGUCUUUACUUGAAAAUAUGAAGCACUCUCUGUCAAGCAGCCUCUUUUAUGCUCUUUGAAACAGCCUUUUAACCCUCCGAAAAGAUCGUAAGUUAGAGUUAAAGCAUAACUGGUUCACAUAAAUUUGAUCCCUCUCCUCUAAAAAAUUCCUGACUCCUCAGCAAGAUCACUUUCAAAUUGAGUAACUGAUUUGGGAAGUUUUAUCUUGCCGUUAAAACUAUUUUGAUAAAAACUGUUCCUUUGAAGCAACUCUUGUUUUAAAAUUAAAUCUUUUUGAGGUGUCAAUUAAUUUUCUUUUACUGAAUGAUAUCAUCCUCUCGCAGUACUUGUUUGAAGGGGAUGAAACUCUGUCUUAUUGAUGCUUUGUAAAUCCCAAUUUAUACAUGUUUAAGUCUCUACCGGAGAAGCAAGUUAUUGUUACGUUCCUCCUCUAAGAAAAAAUACUCAUCGCUAGAUAAUAGUAAUCCUCAUUUAUUAUUUACUUUUGCAGUAUAUCUCAACCGGCAUUUUCUCAACUUUGAAUAGUUAAACAUUUCAACUGUGGUAAAAAUAACUAUUUCAUAGAAUUUUUUUUGUUUUCAUGUUCAAUUGCAUAUUAAGAGCUAUUUAAUUAUUCAGUGAGGUUAUUUGGUUGAAAGCAUUCAGUGGCUAUCUAAUUCAUUUUUAUUCAUAUUUUGAUUAAUGUCUAUUCUUGUUGUACAGUUAUUUCAAAUUAAGAAAACUCGGCACACCUAGGAGAAGCGCUCUAUAAAACAUCCUUAAGAUUUUUUUUCACUCCUGCUUAUCCUGCACUCACAUUUUGAUCCUGACUUUUUGGCUGUCUUAACACAUCCAGAAAUUCAAAUUAAUGCUGCGGAGAAAAUCUCACAUUGGUGAUCAUAAUAUAGCUUUCUCAGGAAAAGUAGGCCUAAUUUUUGUCAACAUUAAUUUGCAACUAUCAGCCACAAGGUGUCCACACGGCUUGGAUACUUGGAAAAUUGAGAAUAGCAAGGAUAAAAUGAUUAUUCCUUUUUGAAAAAACGAAAAAGAAAUCAUUCUGACUUCCCCCAUUUUCUAGAAUUCCAAGCUAUGUGGGCACUCUAGCUAACAGUUAAAGGGAUACUUACGCAAAAAUUUAACCAAAAUUAUAAUUGAACGUAAUAACUAGUGUAGACAUUUUUCACCAAGUCAGACUUCCUUGAUCAUGAAGCCCGAAUAAAACCCGUGUCUUUCUCCUGAAAAAUUGAGCUAGCCUCAUCUCUAGUGAGCUUUUAUGCACAGAGCUGAAAUACUGAUAUUAAAUUUUAUAAAAAAUCAAGUAGGCACUGAGGACAGGCCACAAAUUAAAGUAUGUUCUAAAAGUACUUCUGCUGGGAGAAAGUUAUAGCCAAAAACCGAUUAUUACGUUCCUCCCUUUAUUUAACUCUUCAAUAAAGUUAAUUUCACUCAUCUAUGUUAUCUAAUUUGUGCAGAGGAAAUUAAUAUAAUUUUUUUUUUUGUAACAUUGAUACCAAAAUGCUUUCAUACUUCAUGAUGCCUCUUCCAAAUGGGAGAACUUGCCCUGAACUUUGGCGGAAACAUUCCGGAACCGAGUAAGAUCAGCAAGACACACUAGUUUUGGCCAAUAUUAAAUUGGUUUGGCAAAACAAGAAAUGAUGUUAACCUUUGACUUAAUAUAAUUUUGUCAAAGUGGCCUGGCAGAAGUUAGCCCAUAGAUGAAGGGUGAGCUUACAAAUUCAUUGAGAAGUCGUUUCAUUUUUUACGUUUCUAGAUAAUGAUUUUACAGGAUUGUUCACCUAAAUCCAUUUGACUGUGAAUUCUGAGUGGUUUUAUACCACCGUAGUCUUGUGGCAAUACUUUUUUUAUAUAGAAGAUGAAAAAAUAAACAUUCCUCGUUAGUUGUUAAA